AUGGAGAACGUCGAGCAAUUAGUCAAACAGAGAGGCCGAGUCAAGGCCAAAUUCACUAUUUUCAAUAAUUUCCUUUUGAAAGCUGAGGAGGAACCUGAAAACCUUGCAGAACUUCCCAGUAGAUUAGAAAAGGCUGAACAAUUAUGGACAGAAUUUGACUUAAUACAAAAUAAAAUCGAUGACAUUGAAGACUCAGCAGAGCAACAACUAGAAAGAGUUCACUUUGAAGAUACAUUUCACGCAAUAAUUACUAAGGCUCGUAGAGCAUGUAUAACAGGUCAACCACUCAACUCUCAAAAUGCAACCUUAAAUGCACAACCUGUAUUUCAACAAGGACAAGUUGUAGUACGGCCGAAUGUGAAAUUGCCAAACAUUGAUCUGCCAAAAUUUGAGAGAAAUUAUGAACGAUGGAUACCUUUUCGAGAUUUGUUUGAGUCAUUGAUUGCAUCUAAUAAUAAUUUACCUAAUGUACAAAAAUUACAUUAUUUACCUUCCGCGUUAUCAGGGGAGGCGGUCACCCUCUCGAUGUGA